AAAAACAUUAGCUAAGUUGUACGGAAGAUUUUGUAAACUUAAUUUAAACGUAUCAACAAAAAUAUAUUUUUUAAUAUUGUACACCAAUUGUACAAUGUAUACAAUGUAUACAACGAUACAAAACUAGUAAAUAAAUAAUUUACUAUGCAAUUACAAACACAUAAGAGUUAUAAGGAACUUUCUUACGGUUUUGACGUUUAAGGCUUGUAGUUCCUUUAGGACUACACCUAACUUAAACUUAUGUAUCGAAUUGUGUAUCGUUUACGGCGAAUUUGUGUUUAAUUUCGUGAAGUGAUACAAUUUUUUUCCGUUUUCUUUGCAUGUGGUUGGUUUAUUGCAAAUUUUAACGAAAAUUAGAUUGACAACGUUCGUUUUAUUUUGCUUAAUUAGUUGGUUGAAUCGACAUCAACAAUCAUGCCUUACCGUAAAUCACUUACAGGGAGAGUACAGAGACAAAGAAGAAGAGAAAAUAUGCGAUUGCGUAGAAAACGAAAUUCUAAACAAUGUUUUGCUCGGCAGCAAACAAAACCCACAGUUCGUGAAAAUUCAAUUGAUAUCAUUUCAGACAAUCAAACAACAAUCAAAGAUGAUGUUUCAGAAAAGCCCACACGACUAUUAUUUUUAAUAGAAAACGAAAAUACUAAUAUGAUAACGCUAGAAAAUGAAACUAUAAAACAAGAGCCGGAAGUUACUGACGAUACCCAUGAUACGCAUGUAAAUGGUCAAACUUCUAAUAAAGAUGAUUCUACUGUACAAGAAUUUAUAAACGAUGAACUAGCUGAAACAUCUACCGAGCAGCUGUUAUUAAAAAAUGAAACUAUAGCUUUAAAUGCUCAUAAAGGCAUGCAUACGGAUGACCGUCCUUUUGCAUGUGACUUCUGUGAUAAGAAAUUUCCAUAUUUGAGUACACUGAAAAAUCAUCGUCGUUCCCACACUGGUGAAAAACCUUUCACAUGUACUGAAUGUAAACAAAGUUUUUCAGUUAAGGAGUCACUUAAUCGUCAUAGGAGGCAACAUACUGGUGAAAAACCGUUCACUUGUACUAAAUGUAAUCAAAGUUUUUCGCUGAAGAGUUCACUUAAUCGUCAUAUGAAGGGACAUACUGGGGAAAAACCCUACAAAUGCACUGAAUGUAAUCAAAGCUUUACUGCUAAACAGUCACUCUAUCAUCACAUGAAACGACAUACUGGUGAAAAACCCUUCUCUUGCACUGAAUGCAAUCAAAGUUUUGCUCGUAAGCAAGUGCUCAAUCACCAUAUGAGACGACAUACAGGUGAAAAACCACACGUUUGCAAUGAAUGUGGUUUAAGUUUUUUUGAAGCUACUCGACUACGUUAUCAUAGCAAAAUUCAUCUUCGUCCAUUUGCUUGUGAUCAGUGUGACGAAAAAUUCAAAUCCAUUAAGCAACUUCAGCAGCACAUCAGAAUACAUUUGUCUAAUAGAACCGGUGAAGAAGACAUCCAAGAACAGACAUUUAAAUGCAAAGAAUGCAAUGUUACAUACGUUACGGAGGAAGAACUUGAUAGUCAUUACGACAUGGGAGUUCAUAAAAACAUGAAAAAAGGACAAACAGAGGACUGUAUAGUUUGCAACAAAAAAUUUGGUUCAAUUAAAACUCUAAAUUCCCACAUAAUUGAAGUACAUAAGGAGCAACCGCUGACUUUCAAUAAUGCUAAAUCUGCACUUAAAUUAAAGAAAAAUCGUUCCAAUUCUUCAUCAACAAUAAUGUACGAAUGUAAUGGUCUUAACGAAAAUGCCAAUACAAAUGUCACUAUUGCUGCUAAUGACAGUACAUUAACAGUAAAAUAUGCGGAUCAACAAUAUAUAAUAGAUAAUGUAGCUAAAAAAGAAACAGAAGAAUUGUUAUUAGUAAACGAAGUGUAUACUACAUUACAGAAUGCAAAUAUUAAGACAGAGCCAGUCGACUGCGCAGUCGAUGAUGUAAGAUCAAUGGAAGAUAAUAUUAUUUUACACAAAUUUAUAAAAAAUGAAGUACCUGAAACAAGCACAGAUCAAUUUUUAAUAAAAAAUGAAUUUUACACUGAUAUAACGAUAGAAAAUGAGAGUAUAAAAAUGGAGUCAAAAAGUUCUAUUGUGAACAUCGGUAAUGAGAACAUAGAAAUAAUCCAACCGUCCAUUUCAGCAGGCCAGUUGUCCAAUUUAGCUGAAAUACAAAAGCCAAAGAAGAAGAAAAAUAAAUUGGACACAUUUUUGAACCAAGCCGCGCAAUCAUGUCAGCUUGUGCAUGACUUAAAAACAAGUGUGGAGAAAACAGCGGCCUCAAAGUCAGCAUCUUUCUGUAAAUAUAUGCAGACUGAAUUAGAUAAACUGGAUGAAACAUUUGAUGAAGCGCAGGAUGAUAUCAUAGCUAUCCUUCAACGGUAUAAGCGUAAGGAAAAAUUGCUUAAAUGUAGAAUUAAAUAUACCAGUAGCAGACUCAACGAUAUGAUGAAAAAGCAAACAGUCUGUGCGACGUGUAAUAAAGAAUUCGAUUCAGUUAAUGCUUUAAGUUCUCACAUACUUGAAAUGCAUAAGGAUCAUUCGGAAACUUAUCACAAUGCUAACACUGCUCCAAAAUUAGAAUUAAAUACUUCCGAUUUAUCACCAACAAAUAUUUACAGUAUUGAUGACUCCAGAGAAAAUUCAAUUAAAAAUAUUACUUCAGAUGACGACAAUAGUUUACUGUCAGUAAAAUAUGAAGAUCAUUCGCCGUUGGAAACAGAUGUAAUUGAAAAUAGAUAUAUAGCAGAUGAAGGACAUAAUGAGAAGCACACUAUAUUAAAAAAUAAAAAAAUAAAGGUGGAAACAGAAGCUACUAAUGAUCUGACAUCCAUCGAAGAUGGUGUUAGCACACAACAAUUUAUAAAAAAGGAAAUAAUGGAUACAAAUACUGAACAACUAUUAUUAGAAAAUGAAAUGUACACUGUUACGACAUUAGAAAAUGAGUGUACAAAGAUGGAAACAAAGACUACACCAGAGAAUCUAUUUGAAAAGGUUGGAGGCGAUAAAGAUUUGUUCGAAAAUGUUGUUGCUGCGCAAGAAUUUAUAAAAGAUGAAGGACCUGAAACAAGCACAGAGCACUUCUUAUUAGAAAACGAAAUGUACACUGUUAUAACGAUAGAAAAUGAGACUAUUAAAAUGCAACCAGACACUACUCGUUCUGAAAGUCCAUGUAGUACGAUUAUUGAUGAUCGAAAUUCUAUAGGCAGAAAAGCACAAGCUACUGCUCCUAAAACUGAUGAAAACGUUUUUACAUGCACUAAAUGUGAUCAAAGUUUUACAAUCAAGGAAUCUCUUGAUCAUCAUAUGAGACAACAUACUGGAGAAAAAAGUUUCACUUGUACAGACUGUAACCAAUGUUUCACUCGUAAGCAAGGACUCGACAUUCAUAUAAGGCGACAUAAUGGGGUUAAGCCCUACAAUUGCAGUGAAUGUGAUAAAAGUUUUGCUAUUAAGAGAGAACUCAAUCAGCAUAUGAGGCGUCAUACUGGUGAGAAACCCUACAUAUGCACUGAAUGUGAUAAAUGUUUUGCUGUUAAGCAUGCACUUAUUCGUCAUAUGAAGAAACAUACUGGUGAAAAACCACACAUAUGUUCUGAAUGUAAUAAAACCUUUACUCGUAAACAAGAACUCGAUAUUCACAUGAGGCGACAUACUGGUGAAAAACCCUUUUCAUGCACGGAAUGUAAUAAAAAUUUUGCGGUUAAGCAAGCACUUACUCGUCAUAUGAAGCGACAUACUGGUGAAAAACCCUACACGUGCACUGAAUGUAAUCGAUGUUUUUCUAUUAAGGAAUCACUCAAAAGUCAUAUGAGGCUGCAUACUGGUGAAAAACCUUACUCAUGCACAGAUUGUAAUAAAACUUUUACUGCUAAGCAGGCACUCCAUUAUCAUACAAUGCGCAAUACUUGUGAAAAAUCAUAUACAUGCUCUGAAAAAAUAAUGGGUCGUUUACGUCUUAAUAUAACUGAUGCUGAAAGAAAAGAACGUCGUCGUUUACAAAGACUUAAAUCAGAUACAAAGCAUAAAGAUCGUAUAAAUGCUUCUAAACGUAUCGAAAAUUUAAGUUUAGAAACAAUUGAAAAGAAUAGAAAACGAAAACGUGUAGAACAUUUAUCAGAGGAGCAAAUUCUAAAAAAACGUCAACGACAACGUGAAUGGUAUCAAAAAAAUAAGAUUAAACGCCAAUGUUCAACGUUGGUUAAAUAUACCAGUAGCAGACUCAACGAUAUGACGAAAAAGCAAACAGGCUGUGUGACGUGUAAUAAAGAAUUCGAUUCAGUUAAUGCUUUGAGUUCUCACAUACUUGAAAUGCAUAAGGAUUAUCCGGAAACUUAUCACAAUGAUAACACUGCUCCAAAAUUAGAAUUAAAUACUUCCGAUUUAUCACCAACAAAUAUUUACAGCAUUGAUGACUCCAGAGAAAAUUCAAUUAAAAAUAUUACUUCAGAUGACGACAAUAGUUUACUGUCAGUAAAAUAUGAAGAUCAUUCGCCGUUGGAAACAGAUGUAAUUGAAAAUAGAUAUAUAGCAGAUGAGGAACAUAAUGAGAAGCACACUAUAUUACAAAAUAAAAAAAUAAAGAUGGAAACAGAAGCUACUAAUGAUCUGACAUCCAUCGAAGAUGGUGUUAUUGCACAACAAUUUAUAAAAAAGGAAAUAAUGGACACAAAUUCUGAACAACUAUUAUUAGAAAAUGAAAUGUACACUGUUUCGACGUUAGAAAAUGAGUGUACAAAGAUGGAAACAAAGACUACACCUGAUAGUCUAAUUGGAAAGAUUGGAGGUGACGAAGGUUUGUUCGAAAAUGUUGUUGCUGUGCAAGAAGUUAUAAAAGAUGAAGUACCUGAAACAAGCACAGAGCACUUAUUAUUAGAAAACGAAAUGUACACUAUUAUAACGAUAGAAAAUGAGACUAUUAAAAUGCAACCAGACACUACAAAUACAGAACAAAUUUUAUCUGAAAACGAAGACCACACUGUUAUGAAGACAGAAAAUGAAAGUAUAACAACAGAGUUGCAAACUACUGCUCUUAAAACUUCAUGCGAUGCAUUUAUAGAAGAUGAAGCUUCAAUCAAAGACUGCGUUACUUUAGAUGAAUUUGUGAAAGUUGAAGUACCUGAAACAUAUACAGAGCAAUUAUUAUUAAACAACGAAUUAUCAAUUCUAAAAAAGCAUAACCGUACAGCUAAAGAAAAACAACGUUUUGAUUGUGAUAUUUGUGGAAAGAAAUUUCCUUCAUUGGGUCCAUUAAAAGUUCAUCGCCGUUUUCACACUGGUGAAAAACCUUACACUUGCACCGAAUGCGAUCAAAGCUUUCCUAUAAAGAGCUCUCUCAAUCUUCAUAUGGUGCGUCAUACUGGUGAAAAACCCUACACGUGCACUGAAUGUGAUCAAAGUUUCGCUAUUAAAAACUCACUCAAGCGUCACAUGAAGCGACAUACUGGUGAAAAACCGUUUACAUGCACGGAAUGUGAUCAAAGUUUCUCUAUUAAAAGCUCACUCAAUCUUCAUAUGAGGCGACAUACUGGUGAAAAACCCUAUUCAUGCACUGAAUGUAAUCAAAGUUUUACUAUUAAGGAGACACUUCAUCGCCAUAUGAAGAGACAUACUGGUGAAAAACCCUACAAAUGCAGUGAAUGUGAUAAAUGUUUUAUUCGUAAAGUGGAACUCGAUAUUCAUAUGAGACAGCACACUGGUGAAAAACCAUACACUUGUACUAAAUGUAACCAAAGUUUUACUGCUAAGCAGUCAUUCUAUCAUCAUAUGAAACGACACACUGGUGAAAAACCUUUCGCAUGCACUGAAUGUAAUCAAAGUUUUUUUGUUAAGGAGUCUCUCACUCGUCAUAUGAGACAACAUACAGGUGAAAAACCUUUCGCUUGUACAGAAUGUAACCAAUGUUUUACUCGUAAGCAAGGACUCGAUAUUCAUAUAAGGCGACAUAAGGGAGUUAAGCCCUAUACGUGCAGUGAAUGCAAUAAAAGUUUUGCUAUUAAGAGAGAACUCAAUCAGCAUAUGAGGCGGCAUACUGGUGAAAAGCCCUAUACUUGUACUGAAUGUAAUCAAAGUUUCUCUAUGAAGAGCGCACUUAAUCUUCAUAGGCAGCGACAUACUGGUGAAAAACCCUACUCCUGCACUGAAUGCAAUAAAAACUUUGCUGUAAAGGAAGCACUCAGUCUUCAUAUGAAGAGACAUACUGGUGAAAAACCGUACGUUUGUAACGAUUGCGGAAAACGUUUUAUACGAGGCACCGAGUUACGUUCCCAUAGCAAAACUCAUAUACGUCCAUUUGCUUGUGAUCAGUGUGAACAAAAAUUCAAAACCAUUAAACAACUAGAGCAGCAUACAAAAAUUCAUUUAUCAAUCCGCAAGCGUGAAAAUGAAAUCAAGAAGAAGAAAUUAAAAUCCACAGAAUACAAUGAUACCUACGCAUCUAAUACACGAAAUCAUUUAGUUAAAAUGAUUCGGCAUGAAAUUUUGUUUGGAGAAGAUGAUACUCAAACAGAUAUUCUUCGAGUAGUAAAUCCAAGAACUAAUUACAAUUUGUUCUUGCACAACAUGGAACAUUUCAGAUUGAAAAACCAUCAAAUUGAAUUUAUUUUAAUUAAAAUUGGAAAUGAGUUACAAUACAACAGUAAAAGAAAUCAUUGUUUAAGUCCGGAUCAACAGCUAUUAACAACUUUACAUUGGCUGGGUAACGGCUGUCAAUACCAUGGAAUUGCGGUUAUGCAUGGAAUCCAUAAGUCAACUGUAUGCCGCACAAUUCACAGAGUAUUAGACGCUGUUAUCAACAAAAUGCUUAAUGCAACUAUAUGCUGGCCGCCUAAUACUUAUGAAAUUGCGCAGCAUUUCUUUGAAAUUGGUGGUUUUCCUCAGGUUGCGGGUUGUAUUGAUGGUACAAUGAUAAACAUUGAUGCCCCAAUGAAAAAUGUGGCGCAGUUUGUAAAUAGACAUGGAAAACAUGCCCUAAAUGCAAUGAUGGUGUGUGGUCCUGACCGUAGCUAUUACGCCAUAAAUUGUUCUUGGCCUGGAAGUGUGCAUGACUCCAGAGUGUUGAGAAAUUCACAGCUGUUUAAUAAUUUCGAGUCUGGUUUUCGUCCAUUUCCUGGCGCAGUACUACUUGGUGAUAGUGCUUACCCAUUGAAGGAUUGGCUAAUUCCUCCUUUGCGAAAUAAUCCAACUAUUCCACGAGAGCAGAGAUUUAACAGAUCACAUAAAACUACAAGAAGAAUUGUUGAAAACAGCUUUGGAAUACUUAAAGAGAAAUUUCCUUGCCUCAAUCACUUACGCCUACAACCUGAAAUUGCUGCAAAAGUUAUUUUAACUUGCUGCAUACUACACAAUGUGGCCAUAAAGGCAAUAAGCAGCACAACUAUGGCUGACUUCGGUGACAUUGUUUCAAUAAAUGCAGAGGAUGCAGAGGAAGCUGAAAAUGAACAAGUGGAGGAGGUCUUUGAAGUUACACCGGGAGCGGCUAAUAGACUUCAAUCAUUAUUAGCUUUAUUUGACUAGCAUAAAUUUCCAUAAUAAGA